AUGUUUUCUGCCAAAGAAUUGGCAAGAGCUUCUAAUAAUUAUUCAAAUGAAAUGGUGUUGGGAAGUGGCGGCUUCGGAACUGUGUUUAAAGGCAUUCUAUUGGAUGGUACUCUCGUGGCCAUUAAAAAAUCCAAGCAAGCAUCGAAUCUAGAGGAUGACGAUGAGUUUCUUAACGAAGUUUCAAUUCUCUCCCAAAUAAAUCACAGAAACAUAGUGAAAUUGUUAGGCUGCUGCAUCCAUACUAAAUUUCCAUUGUUGGUAUCUGAAUUCGUUCCAAAUGGAACUCUGUUUGAACAUUUACACUCGGAGGAGAGUUCUUUGCCAUGGUCUUCACGUCUGCAGAUUGCAAUCCAGACAGCAGAGGCUUUGGCAUAUCUACAUUCUGGAGCAUCGCAACCCAUUUUCCACCGGGAUGUAAAAUCAUCUAAUAUUCUUCUGAAUGAGAGGCUCUCUCCCAAACUUGCAGACUUCGGGAUUUCUCGUCUCAUCUCUGCUUCCAAUAAGACACAUCUCACCACUAAUAUAAUGGGCACAAGAGGUUACUUGGAUCCUGAUUUCUUUCAAACAUAUCAACUCACUGAGAAAAGCGAUGUAUACAGUUUUGGUGUAGUUCUGGUUGAGCUUUUAACAUCUCUGGAACCCAUCUCCAUAGAAAGAGUCAGUGACGAGUGGAAUUUAUCUAAUCUUUUCCUAUCCAGAUUUAAUGACAACCGCCUCACAGAAAUCUUGGACAGCAAAGUAUUGGAGGAGAAAAACCUCCAGCAGAUGAAAGAUAUGGGAAGGUUAGCAAGAGAAUGCCUUCAUUUGGAAAGGAGGAAAAGGCCAUUGAUGAAAGAGGUUGUCGAGGAACUUUUCUGGAUUAGAGGUGGGACAAGAAAAACAAAAUUCCAUGACAGUGUAAACUGUGACAGUGCUAUAUUUGAGCAGACAACAAUUUCCAGAAAAGCACCACAAACUUCAUAUGAAUUCAGGAGUUACACUUUUCCAUCUGCAGUUGGGAGUCCGUCGGAGAAACGAUUCACUGCACUGAUUGAGAUGUCGACCCUGCCUCAACAGGUUGACUUCUAAGCGGAGCAUUUCUAGUCUAUGUUUAAUGCAAACCGACUCCUGAGAAUUAGGAAGUUGUACUCCAAACUUAAUCCUCAGAAAUAGGAGGUAUUACAAUUUUAUUUUCUCUGUUUAGAAAUAGCUUUAAGUGGCUCAGGAACGUGGAUACUAAAAAUAGAUAGAAUCCUAUUAGAACUAAGUGUCUUGGUUAGCAAAGAGAGGGCUAUUAAGCUGAAGAUUGGUAACGAGUAAAGGGGAAUAGAGAGGAGAAUUAUUCUUCCAGUCUUUGUAAAUAUUAUCAGAGUUAAAUGAAAAAGUAUCAUCU